GGGAACACCACACGAAAUAUAUCGCUUCUCUUUCGCUUAUAUUGCAUAAAUGUCAAGCUGCGUCGCAGCAAUAAUUUCGUGGUUAUGUUCAACUAAAUAAAAAAAGAUUCCGAGUCGGAAUCCAAAGUGGCAGAAAGUUGUUUUGAUUUGACAUCAGAAACUGGUGAAAUUAAAAGUGCACAAACUUUGAAAUCACUAAUUUAGAGCAGGCUGUAAUUUGGCUGAAAACGUGGUGAUGUAAUGUGUGUGUGCGCGCGGUUCUAAAGAGAGAAAGGAAAAAGAAGUUUCGGAGCUCGAAUCUUUUCUUCGCAUUAGGACAUAUACUGGGAUUUCUCUUCGCUGGGUCGAGACGACGGUCGCUCAAAAACUUUUUUUUUCAUUUGCUGUCUCAAUUUCUAAUAUGGCGCACUGAAUCCUGUGUGGUAGAAAAUACGUGAUUCUGCGAUUUUUGGCCAGACAUGGAACCGUCCACAUUCACAAUCUGGGAUCCUUCACAGUCCAGUGCUAAGAUGAAGAUAAUAAAUAUUCCGGGACAGGGUCCUACGCAAAUGAUUGAAAGCGUUUCCGGUAUUGGUAGCACUGGAAUAUCUACGUCGGCUGAACAAAUAAUCCUGCAGACUCAUGACGGGCGGGAAUAUCUUGUGGACGGGAUUGGUCAUAUCGAUCAAAGUCCCCCGGAAAACUUGAUCUACAUGGCAGCCGACGAUGGUUCGCUCAUCCAAGGUGAAGUAAUCCAUGUGCAGGGAGAGAACAGUACCACUGGUGCUGAAGUAGGAGGAGAGAUAGUUCAGCAGGAUCAGGAGUACAUGGAAUGUGAGGUCACCGAGGAAGUUAUUACCGACGAUUGGGUCCAGACGGAUGGACAAGAGUGUGUUCAAGUCACCGUUGACCAACUGGGAGCAAUGGCUGUAAUUGGAGCACAGGACGAUGAUAUCACAGUGCCGCUUCCCACCGAUCAAGACGAGUACACGACGUUGCGUCCGUAUCCAUGUGAUUUCUGCAGCCGGAGGUUUCGCAAGAAAGCGAAUUUGAUGAAUCACAUGAUUGCUCACUCUAACGAUAGACCACAUAUUUGUAAUUUGUGUGGUGCACGGUACAUGAGACGAUGCGACUUGUUAAAUCAUCUUAAGUUGCACGCGUACACUGCGGAUGACCAUGAAGAACCUCUGCCCCAGAGUGAUCCAGAGGAUGACUAUGAUUACGACUUCACAAACUCAUCACCGACAACGCUUCAAAAACGUUCGGAUUCUACGGAAGAAGCCGAGGGCUUGUUGGUACCAGCGCCUUCUCAGUACAGGGCACCAGCGGCGAGAGUUGUUCCCAAAAAAAGUCGGACCAAACAAGUUCCGAAAUCGCAGAAAAGAGUCCCUACCUCAAUCAUUCGUUCGCGCGUUCCGCCAUCCAAACCUGCAACGGAGAACAAAUUCAGUGUCCCAGUAGAACCAUACGUCGAUAUUCCUCCUAGGUUCCCGGUUACGGAUGAACGGAAACCUUUCGUCUGUCAAAAAUGUGGAGUUUCUUUUGCAAGAGAGAAAGCACUCGCAUCGCACUACCGCAUCCAUGGCGGAGAUUCGCCGUUUGAGUGCGAAACGUGCGGUGAUAAAUUCUGGGAUCGUACAAUGCUACAGGACCACAUUAGACAGCGACACGCGGCGAAUUUCAUGGCUCCAUCGAUCGAGCAAACAUCGUCUUUUACAUAUAGUCCACAAAUUCAUAACCCACAGGAUCAGGUGGAAGAUGAACAUUCUGAGGAUGAAUCCAUUGAGCAGUACUUCUAUUGUGACAGUUGUGGUUUAUCGUUUUUAAAACAGGAACAGCUCAAGCGUCACAUAAAACAAACUCACGGUAUUAAAGAGCAGAAAUAUGAACCAAUUAGUCAGAUUGUCCGGCAGCGGCAACAGCAUCAACAGCAGGUGAUUGCCGAGGAAGAUUACAACGAUGAAGAGGAAGAAUAUAACGACAACAACGGCAACGAGAACGAACCGCAGCGGCCCUUGUCUUGUAAUGUAUGUGGUGACAUCUUUGCUGAAGCACUGGAUUUGCUCGCACAUGCUGAAAUACACGCUCGAUUCGAGCCACACAGAUGCCAGUUGUGUCCUUUGACGUUUGUGGACGAGAAAACUAUCAAAGAGCACAUUCAACAAUGCCAUAGUCACGAGUUGACGGACACUUCCUGUGUGAUUUGUGGGAAAUUCUGCAAAAAUCAUGCUGCUCUGCUGAAACACGCCUGGGAACAUUCGCGAGAGCGCGCCAAUUAUGGUUCCCAUUGCUGUUCGAAGUGUGGAAAAACGUUUCACAACAAAGCUCGCCUCAAGCGGCAUAUGGUCUCACAUCGGAACAAAUCUGUCAAGUGUGAGGUUUGUUCGGAGGAAUUUCCAGACGGGAGAAGUUUAAUGAACCACAGACAUUCGCACACCAAAACGAGACAAUUCCCAUGCCACGAGUGUGGAAAGACGUUUGGUUCCAGAUCGUCGCAGCAAAUCCAUUUGCGUAUACACUCCGGAGAACGACCUUACGGAUGCAGAUUCUGUUGGAAAGCGUUUGCGGACGGAGGAACGCUUCGAAAGCACGAGCGAGUGCACACCGGCGAGAAACCAUACGGUUGCUCAGUAUGCCCGCGAGCAUUUAACCAGCGAGUUGUGCUGAGGGAACACAUUCGAUCUCAUCAUUCGGCUCCGGACACCAAGCGAGGCACCGCCAUCCAGCCAUACUUUUGCUCCGUAUGCACCCAACUGUUCGAAACAUCGAUCGAACUCAUUCAACACUUGAUUCAGCACAGUGACACGAAUACGGCGAUGAAAAGACAACCCCCGACCUUCCCGAGGAAGUACAAACGCAGGAGGAAACUCAAACCGGACGAGGUUGAGAAAAUGGGCAACAGUAAAGGCAGGAUGAAAAAUAACACCGUGGUGACUCACACAGAAACCGUACAGAAUCUAAUGAAAAUAGUGGAAGACGAGGAACUGUUGAAAAAUCCUGCAGAAGUUUUGCUCGAGUAUGGUGCCGGAAACUCGGAUAGGAAACUUGUAGCCUCGUCAAAGUAUGUGAAUUCCUAUGAGCUGUUAGCCUCGGCAUCUGCCAGCCACACAAAACCUGCAAACUUGGAUGACAGCGGUAUAAACCUACUGAGCAACGUUGUCUUAGUGAGUAAUCCGAGUUCCAGUGGUGAGAAGAAAGUGAAACCUAUAAAAACCGAAUCUCCCAAGCGUCGAGGGGGAAAACAGACAUCUCCAUCAAAUGCUUCCAGAGCACUGGGUGGCCAAACGAGUUCUUCCGCAUCCGGAUCACGUCCUCGUAUGAUACACACUCAAAAAACUCGUGUCCCAGUGACAGACGGCAAACGCAGGACCAGAACGGUUAUAACCAAAGACAUAAAAAGCCAACCAAGCAGCAAUUUCUCUCCGUUGGAAUUUGAACGGUCAAGAAACCGUCCCGUUCUUACGUAUCGAGAAAUUCCUUCGGAAAGAAUUUCAUCCGAAAGUUUUCCACUGCUAGACGACGGUCGAGAGGUUGACGCUGACGUAGAUGAUAGAAAUCAGGAAGCACUUGAUGUUCUUACUACCAGCACCAAUAAGCUGCACCAACAUGAGGUACCCAGCUAUGAGGAUCUGUUGAAUCAAAAUUUGUUGAUGGAGAUUUCACGUAAGGAUAAGUUUAUUGACAAGUUCAAUAGCGAUAUCGUGAACGACUUGGAAGAGAUUCUUCGUUCACCUAUUAAAUGUGCCAGCAAUAGUGGACCACCAGCAGUUAUAAUGGCCACACCCAAAGCCAAUCGAUACAAUAAUGUUAGUCAUCAGAAGGAACUAUACGAUCAACCGACUGCAGAAGAUGAUACAAACUUUACUGCUGAAGAAGAGGAUCCGAAGCCUUCGAAGACCCCCCGAAAGCAACAGCCGAAGAAAAUAACUAAAGAAUCUGCCCAGCGUUCUCUGACUUCCGCGUUACGCAGUCAACGUCUCACACGCCGACAACUAGAGCGAGAAGUCAACUUUUUGAGAGAGGCAUACGCUCCCGAUCUAACAACUGUCAACAUAAAACAGGAAAAAGAUAGUCCCGAUAAACUAUCAGCCAUGCUUUUGAACGACAUUCAAACUCCACAAACCCUACUCAAUCCCAAAUUGGAACCAACGCAGGAUACACAGAUGGAAAAUGGUGUCUCGACAGUACCACCUCCCCAACCGGAGCAAUUCCAGUGCGAAAUGUGCUCCGCAUUAUUCAGUGAUCGUUCGCAGCUGCUGCUGCACGUACCAAUUCACAUUUGAAGCAGCGAAUUUUAGUUGGCGCAGGAAAACAUACAAAGUCACUUUGUUAUAAUUUUGAGAUCGAAUAUCGCAUCUGUAGAAAUAUAAGAUUACUGGAAGUUUUUUUUCUCUUGGUCGUUAUCUUUGAUAUGCGUUGCAAUAUGAAUAUGAUUAGUUCAAAACAUAUUUGGUGAGACCCAAAAUCUAGCCAAAAGCCGGUAACCGAAACUGUAUAGUUGGAUUUAAACAUUAUUUAAUUCUACAACCCCUCACUAGCACAACGAUAAUUGAAAUGUUAUAUUGAAUAAAAACGUUGAAAUAUAUCUUUGAAA